UAGUUUGGCCAGAAUUAUUUCAGUCUCUAGACAAGUGUUAAAUCUAUAAUAAAACAAGUUUGUCGGCUGAGACCAACGACCAUUCUACAUCCAUGUUGCGCCUCUUGCUGUUGCCCCUCUUUCUCUUCACUCUGUCCAUGGUCUGUAUGGGACAGACAUUUCAGUAUUCCCGAGGUUGGACCAAUGGCAAACGUGCACCGCCUGCAACGGUUUUGACCAAUGGUCACAAUCUGGGCCUAUUGGAUCUCUAUGAUAUUCAAGAUACGCCCAAUGACCGCAAACUGGAACGUUGUCUUGUCCAUCUGCAGCACUUUGUUGGAAACUCACUUCCACAUCGUUCCUUCGCCAAUGGAUUGGCCUAUGAUGGAAGCAGACCCGACCCAGAACCAGAAAUGCGCAAUAUGAACAUUCGAACUAGACCCCAUGCCAAUGCCAACAAUAAUAAUGAUAACAAUUUGUAUGGAAACUCCAAUCAUCAUCAAUCGAGCGAACUCUAUGAUGCAUUAAAUGCGGCUGUGGCUGCUUCUUCUCCAGGAGGUGACUCGGUGGAUACCAGCGAUUAUGGAAAGCAUUAGACCAACCAAAUGAAAUCUGUUUGAAAACGAUUAUUUAAUUGUUAUUAGCAAAAAGUGCUACAAAAAAUUACAAAAAAAAGAUGAUUAUGAAUAUU